AUGACCGGCCCUCAGGCUCAGACAAGGGGCAGAUUUGCACCGUUAUCAGCCAAGGUCAUCUUUACUGGCCACCCAAAGUAUGGCCAGGCAUACCAGCACAAUCAGAAGAAGUUCUGCAACGCAGUCUCUAAUUGCAUCACAAAUGAGACGGGCACUGGUGUAAUGCCACUUGAUGGGAUGGCUUCAAAAAUUUUGCUGGUUCUUGUGGAGCUCCUGUGGUACACGGAGCUCAACGCCAUAUGGCAUGCCAAUCCUUCAAUGGCUGCCAAAACUCAUUCGUCCAAGCCCGUGCACAUAAUAUGCCUCCUCCCUGCCGCACAUCCACCUGGAGUCCCUCCAGCGGCGCACCCAUAUGGUGAUCCCCCAGUUGAUCCACAACUACAUCAAGUGGCUCCUGCUCCUGCUCCCCCUCCAUUACACCUUCAUGGCCUAAAUUCCCCUGAUGUUGAGAUUGAGGACAAUUUCACACCUCCCUCCCCAUGCGACUUUGAGAGAAGCCCUUUUGACGUCCCCCUCGGAGAUGCUUUGGACCACCUUGACAACAACAACAACAACAACAUGAUGUUUGAUGGCACCGGCACUCUCAACAGCCCUCCCUGA